GCGACAGCAACCACAAAAACCGUCCUCUAGUUCGUGCCCGCGCAGGUUAACUUCCUCGGCGUACGCUAUUUUUCUCUUCUCAAGUGAAAGUGCGACCACUGAACUCACAACAAGCUACCUGUGACUGCCUCUCUUUCUAUCUUCCUCUCUCUCUACAGUCAAAUGGAGUCUCGCGUCCUCACUGGCGCCACCACCGCUCGCGGCCUCCCACUUCUUCGGAAGCCGCUGGCGGCGGCGGCGAGGUGCAACGCCUUCAGCUUCCCUGCCGCCGCCGCGAAGCCUAUCGGCGACGCCGGGAACUUGGUAUGGGGACGGCAGUUGCGGCCGGCUAUUCUGCUCGAGACUUCUCCGGCUAGCCCUAUUACGCCGGCGACUAAGAGGGAGAUUCUCCGUCCGUGUCAGGCCGCCGCCGAUGGCUCCACCGGGGAAGCUAAAGUCGGGUUCUUUGACAAAUACCCGGCACUUGUUACCGGGUUCUUCUUCUUCAUGUGGUAUUUUCUGAAUGUCAUAUUCAAUAUUCUCAACAAGAAGAUCUACAAUUACUUCCCUUAUCCUUACUUUGUGUCUGUUGUACAUUUGGCUGUUGGAGUGGUGUAUUGCUUGGUGAGCUGGGCUGUAGGCCUACCUAAGCGAGCUCCUAUUGACUCAAACCUCCUAAAACUGCUCAUACCUGUUGCCUUCUGUCAUGCACUGGGCCAUGUGACUAGCAAUGUUUCGUUUGCUGCUGUUGCUGUCUCGUUCACCCAUACAAUCAAAGCUCUCGAGCCUUUCUUCAAUGCUGCUGCAUCUCAGUUCAUACUUGGGCAACAGAUACCCUUGACACUAUGGCUCUCACUGGCCCCCGUUGUCCUUGGUGUGUCAAUGGCAUCCCUGACUGAGCUUUCAUUCAACUGGCUUGGAUUUACCAGUGCUAUGAUUUCAAACAUCUCAUUCACUUACAGGAGUAUAUACUCAAAGAAAGCUAUGACUGAUAUGGAUAGCACUAACGUUUAUGCCUACAUAUCCAUCAUUGCCCUCCUUUUCUGCAUCCCGGCAGCAGUAUUUUUUGAGGGACCUCAGCUAAUGAAGCAAGGAUUUAAUGAUGCAAUUGCUAAAGUCGGUAUGACAAAAUUCCUGACCGAUCUUUUCUGGGUGGGAAUGUUUUACCACUUGUACAAUCAGAUAGCCACUAACACCCUUGAGAGGGUUGCACCGCUCACUCAUGCAGUUGGGAAUGUGUUGAAACGUGUUUUUGUCAUUGGAUUCUCGAUCAUCGUCUUUGGCAACAAGAUUUCAACUCAAACUGCUAUUGGAACCAGUAUAGCAAUCGCUGGAGUUGCACUCUACUCCUUCAUUAAGGCCAAGAUGGAGGAAGAGAAACGGCAAAUGAAAUCUACCUGAGGAGAUAGGGGAGCAUGGAUGGAUGUGGAAGACAAUUGCCUGGGUGGUUGAUUUGUAUUUUUUUUCAUCCAAUGAAAAAUGAAAAAGAGGAAAAAAAACCCCAAAUUUGAGUAUUUCAUUGUAUAAUUGUGUAGUUAGUUUUCCAGUUGAUUAUUUUGAUUCGGAGAUCAAUGAUCCUCAACCACUCUCAAUGGUUGGAAUAAUGUGUACUUGCACUACGUAUAUUUCGCGAAGAAAUAUUUAUGUUUACGAAAUUUAAUCAAUUCGGUCAGACUGUUCACUUGAUAA